AUGCAUAAGAUCUCCAACUUCACGGGCCAGGCUCGCCAUGGCUGGGAACGUAUGACGCCCAACUUUGGCAUGUCGCGGCCUCAGCAGGAUGCUCCCAACUCGCAGUAUCGCCGUCCCCAGGGACCCGGCCAGCCACCUCCACAGCAGCCGCACCACCAGCAACACCCCUCCCAGCAGCAUCAGCAGCUCCCACUUCAGCAGCAGCAACAGCAACAGCAGCAACAGCAGCAAUCGCAGCAGCUCCCGCCACAUCAUCAGCCAUCACAAUCGGCCUCUCCAAAUCCUACCAGUGGUGCCAGCACCCCCGCCGGAACGGUCGUGUCUGCUGCUCCUUCCGUUGAACCGCAGCUGAUUAAUAUCUCCUUUAAUAUACCAUUUUCCUCAAAUUUGCCUGGCCCAGAUCCUGCAGAUAUUCUUCACUCGUCUCCAAACGCCUUCCAACGAUGGACAUUUCCGGAGGGUACACCAGAGGGGACCCCUACCCACCGUCUGCCAGUCCACACGCAGCAUGUUGACUCGCUGCGUAAGUUGUGCCGUCAGAUGAGUGAGAGCAGUGGUGGUCGUAUCGAGGCUACCGUCACCUCGUCCGAGCCCAAGAUGGCCUCUCCCAUGCAGAGACGUCAUCACGGACUCGUCACCAACGUCUGUAUCUCAGGAGAUGCAGAAAUGGUACAGCAGAUGAAGGCCAGAAUAUACCGGGAAACGCCAAUCGUCCUGCGAAGUUUAACAAUUGACGUCGACGUCGACCUCCUCUUGCAGAAGGAGACCGAUUCAAUCCGCAAGAUUGUGCUCGAACAUAUCGAUAUAUUGGCGGGCUACACCGGAGCGGAUAUCUUCCUGCUCAGCCCCAAGAUUGUUGAUGCUGACAAUGCCCUCAGUUCAUCUUACGGCUACUCUGCUGAUGGUGGGCUGAACCGACGUUUCAGGAUUGCCAUCUACAGUGACGCAGAGAGUGCUGAACAUGCAAAGUCAAGAGUUUUGAUCAUGAUCGAUCAGAUAGUACGUUGCACUCCCUCUUUCCUUUUUUGUUCCAAUGUCCUUUCUUUUUCUGACUUAAAUGUCCAGCUCAAACGCCGCGUUGAUGCUGUAAGACUCGAAUUGAGUACUCAUUUCCUUGUCUGUGGCCGUACACGCAAGAACAUUAAAAUGAUUGAAGCCACCACAAAUACUGCUAUCUAUUUCCCUCCCCCGUUUCCCCGUGUAUACGGCUACAUGCCCCCGGGUGCAACGAGACGCUGCGAGGACGAAGUUUAUAUCACUGGAAACAACCAAGAGGAUAUCAACCUCGUUAAACAAAAGCUGCGCGAUCUAGUAGCUGUCCUCAAGAUCUAUGUCAAAGAAGCCAUCAUUCACCCUGAAAAGGUUGACAGCAUCAUCCUCGAACGCUUGGACAAGAUCCAGAAGGUCAUGGAGGCAAAUGGGUGUUUUGUUCUACUUCCUCAGCUAGGUAGCGGGACUAGUUCCAUUAGGGUCCAGGGAACAGAUGUCUUGCAUGUCGAGCGUACUAUCCGUGAGCUCAUGAAUGUCGCUGGUCAAUUUUAUGGUGCUACAUGGUGGCUCAUGGCAGACAAUCCACAGAUGCGAACGCCAUCUCCAGCAGACGUCAGAACAAUGCUUUCUGAUAUCUGUGCAAAUUCUGGUGCGGACGUCACUUUCGACAACUUAACAUUCCACAUCCACGGCUCAGACGACUCUGUCAAGGCUGCUAUGAUGGUCAUUCAUCAAAUUCCCUUCGUCAAAAGGUCCCCGCACCAGAUGAAAGUCAAGAUUGAGCUCGCCAAUGAACACAAGGAGUUCGUGAGCGGAAAGAAGAAUGGCAAGAUUAACAAAAUCAUGAGCCAAAUUGUAGGAAACGUCCAAAUUAUCUUUGACGGCUUCAACGAAUACAACUUCUAUAUUGAUGUUUGUGCCAAUGAUUACGAAGCCGUUAAACAGGGUCUCCACCUUGUUGAGCAAGAGAUGCCAGCAUCUAUUUCCUUCCAUGUUCCAGACCAAUACCACAAACGUAUCAUCGGUAUCGGUGGCCAGCAUAUUCAGCGUGUCAUGAAGAAAUAUUCUGUCUUCGUCAAAUUUUCCAAUGCUAUGGACAGAGGCGGCGCCGGAAAAGAUGACGACGAUGGUCGAGUCGAGAACGUUAUCUGUCGUACCCCAGCAAGGAACGCACAGAAUCUCGAACUAGUCAAACAGGAAAUUAUGGACAUGGUUGAGAAAGUCGAUGCCGAGUUCGUCUCGGAGACUGUCGUCGUCAACCGUCUUUACCAUCGUAAUCUGGUUGCAAGGAUCAAGGAUAUCGAUGAGCUGGAGAAGAAGUGGAAUUGCAAGAUUGACUUCCCAAGCACAGAAACGGCUAGUGAUCUAGUUACGAUCUCUGGCCCAGAGUAUCAAGUACCACAGGCCGUUGAUGCGUUUUUGGGAAUGGUCCCGGAAAGCCAUUCUAUGGUGUUCGGCGUGUCUGACGAACUUCGAGCAUUCUUCCUUACCCCCGAGUUUUCGGAAGUCAUAUGCCGAAAUCUACGAGAACAAUAUGAAAUCGAGCUUUCCAUGGGAACAGCAACCCGCCAAGCCAUUGUUGACCCGGAGAAUGCAGAGCCUCUAUCUGAAGAUACUCUUGACAUGAACUUCACUCGUAACAAUGCUGGUGGCAUCAAAGAUGCUGUUGAUUUCCUUAUUUCUCGCCUUGUUCCCCACGGUCUAGACGCCACGACAGUUAAGGGCAGCAUCCCCCGGCCUAAGUCCGAUUCUUUUGAGGACUCACUUCCAUUUUUUGAUUCCAAGCUCCUUCAUCAUGCUCCUCCCCCGCUUGUUGCAGACUCACCUAUCCGUGCCAGCUUUGCUUCUGAUGACUCUGCCGACCGUGGCUCCAUCUUUGGACGUCUUCGAAAACCGGGCUCUAUCGCAUCCUUCUCAUCACUCAUCGGUCGAAAAAAUCAAUCUUCAUCGCCCGGCUCGCUGUUCAAACAUGCUUCCAGCAACGCCUCAAAAGCUUCUCUUGUUUCCAUGGAAUCUCGAGACAGUGGUUACCGUAACCCUUGGAAUGACUCUGGCGUCAAUCUAGCGAAGGAAGACCUACUCACUCCAUCAGGUAACGGCUGGCCUACUCGGUUUGACAAUAAGUUUCCCUUUGGAACCGGGGGUUCUGGAUCAGUGUCUGGAGGUGACAUGACUCCCAGACACGACUUACGAGCUUCCUUCGACAGCGGACGACCCAGCACUUCCAACUCCUACUCUGCUCCUAUCGGCCCCCCUCGCUAA